CAAACAGCCAUAACCGAAACCUUGCAUUUCCAUUUGUAACACAAGCAUAUCUUCACAGCCCCCUUUUCUACCCCAAUUUCUAGGGUUUUCACAAGUCAUACACCAAAAAAAGAAAAAAUUCCAACAAAAAAAUGUCCGCUUUUAUAUAUUCACUUGGACCAAAUACAGUUUUAUCUCCAUUUCCGGACAGAACCAGAACUCUGAAUCCAGUUUUACACAGAACCUAUUUCAGUAAUUUCCCAAUUCAUAGACCCUUUUUGAAGAGGAGUCUUGGGGUGACACGAUUUGGAUUGGGUCAGUCUCAGUUUCCUGACCCGGAUGGUGCUGGGGAAGUAAUUAAGGACCUGUUUGGUAGAGUUGAGGGGUUCCUUUAUACUGUUGCUGAUGCCGCAGUUUCGAGUUCUUCAGAUACAGUUAAUACUGUUACUACUACGCAGAAUAAUGAUUGGCUUUCUGGGAUUACCAAUGGCAUGGAGACAGUUUUGAAGGUUUUGAAGGAUGGACUCUCUACUCUACAUGUUCCUUAUGCUUAUGGUUUCGCGAUUAUUUUGCUGACAGUACUAGUGAAGGCUGCCACAUUUCCUUUGACAAAGAAACAGGUGGAAUCGGCAUUGGCAAUGCAAUCUUUGACACCUCAGAUAAAGGCUAUUCAGGAACGAUAUGCAGGAGAUCAGGAGAGAAUUCAACUCGAAACGGCUCGAUUAUAUAAGCUAGCUGGCAUAAAUCCACUAGCAGGAUGUCUUCCCACACUUGCCACAAUUCCAAUAUGGAUUGGGCUUUACAGAGCUCUUUCAAAUGUGGCAGAUGAGGGACUGUUGACAGAAGGCUUCUUCUGGAUACCAUCACUGUCUGGUCCAACAACGGUUGCAGCUCGACAAACUGGCAGUGGUACCACGUGGCUUUUUCCAUUCAUUGAUGGUCAUCCUCCCCUUGGAUGGUCAGAUACUUUGGCAUAUCUUGUAUUGCCUACACUACUGAUUAUCACUCAGUACAUUUCUAUUCAGAUCAUGCAACCAUCACAGAGCAAUGAUCCGAGCCUAAAGAGUUCUCAAGCCAUAACCAAAUUGCUACCUUUGAUGAUUGGUUAUUUUGCUUUAUCGGUUCCUUCCGGUCUGAGCCUUUACUGGCUUACAAACAACAUACUCAGUACAGGUCAACAAGUAUGGCUGCGGAAAUUGGGUGGUGCAAAAAAUACAGUCGGGCAAUUGAGCAAUGACAUUAUUAAGAAAGAGCAAUCGCAAGUUCUAAAGUCUAUCUCUGAAGCACCUGCAGCCAAAAAGGUCACUAAAGAAGAAGAAAAAUUGACUUCGGAAGGAAUUCGUCCGGGUGAAAGGUUUAAACAGCUGAAGGAGCAAGAAGCACAAAGAAGACGGCAAAGAGAAGAAGAGAAAAAGGAAAAUGAGGAGGUGGCAGCUAAAGGAAUUCAAAUAACAAAUGAGGAGGUUAAGAAAGAAGUCAAUGUACUUGAGAAGGAAGAUAGAACUCAUGCUGAGUUACUUGAUGCUGAUUCUGUGACCAGUGUUAGCAGUUCAUCGACUGUUGAUGGCUUUGUUAUGAAUGGUAAUAAUACUAAUUCAGAAUUGAAGGAUGACCAAAAGACAUCUGCUUGUACAGAAGAAAAUGCUGAAACUUUUGAGGAUCAGGAGAAUAGAAACAAUCGCCAUCUCUAUGAGAAGGUGGAGAAGGAGUAGGUUUCUUGUUACUAUUAGAAGGAAGGAUAAUUAGCAAGAAUGUAUAGGACGGGAUUGAGUGAGUUUCCAAAGGAUAUCGACUAAGUUAAUAAAUUAUCGAGCUUUCUUUGAAAAGCAUGUUGGGCUCAUCUUCACUACUCCACGAGACACUCCAAGAUUGCCAGUAUUGGCUGAUGGAUAGAAUUUCCGACAGAUUCACGAGGAGGGUCUAUAUUAUUAUUGUGAAGUAAGAUUUAUACAUCUAUUUGUAAUGUAACGCAAGAAAAUAGCUUAUUGAACUUUUUCUGAAGUUUUUUGGCUACAAAUGUGAGAACAGAGUACAUUUUGUUUACAAUGUCCUUCUGUAAGUGAAACAACACACACACAUACGGCCAAGUAGACAAUUUCGGUUGAUAAUCACACACAUGGGAAGGAAUAAAAAAAUCAUGGGUCCCUCUCAUGUGAGAAGGUUGUACAACCAAAAUUCUUUAUAGUUUGGUAUUGGCACAUUCAUUAAGGAGAAAAAGACGUUCAAAUCUUAUUGUAUA